CGGCGCUGUCCCCGCGUUCCUGCAAGGGAGGAUCCCUCCCGGAUCCGUGGGGUCUGAGCAGAGAGCGGCAAAGGCGAAAGUUCGCACCAAGUUAGUGCCCCUCGAGCUGCGGCCCGAGGGAAGCGACGGAGGAGUCACGGCGAGCCUCCUGUCGUGCAGCCCUGCAGAAAGGCCUGGCGCAAAGCUGGGGGCAGUGUGGUGAAGCUGGCUGCAGGGAGAGACAUGGCAGCCUCUGAGGUGACUGCUGUGUGGCCUCGCCUCGAGCGCUGUGUGCAGCUGUGGGAGCCACGAUGUAAGCUAUAAAACAUCAGCCUCCAAAGGAGGGAUAUGAAGGUGGGGAAGGGUCUAGAGGCCAAGAUGAAUAAGGAGCAGCUGAGGCUCUUGGUUUACUCAACACAGAGCAGAGGAGCUGAGGGAGGCCUCAUGGCAGCCUGCAGCUCCUCGUAGGGAGCGGAGGGCAGUGUGAAGCUCUGCUCUUUGGGGACAGCGACAGGGUCCGAGAGAAUGGUGUGGAGCUGCGUCAGGGGAGAGCAGGUGGGGGUGAGGGAAAGGCUGCGCCCCAGAGGAUGGUGGGCAUGGCACAGGCUGCCCAGGGCAGUGGGCAGAGCCCUGAUGCUGGAGCUCAGGGUGCACUGGGACACCGCUCUGACACUGGGGCUGAGUGGUCCUGUGUGGAGCUAGGAGUUGGAUUCAAUUAUCCUUGUGGAUCCUUUCCCUCUGGGGAUAUUCUAUGAGUCAAUGAGAGGAGCCAUUGCUCCUAGGGAGGAGGAGGCCUGACAGACAGGAGCAGUUGCAUUGCUCCUGUCAGAGCAAAGCACAAUCAACUCUGUUGUCACCUGGUGUCAGAGUGGGAGAGUAGUGAGGAGUCAGAGAAAAGGAGCUUGUUCUUGAAAGGCAUUUUCUGGGGGAGUGAGGCUGCGAAAUAAUUGCUAGGACACCUCAAAGAAUAGGGAUAAAGUGCUAGAGAUGAAGUGAUUCUUCUUUGUAUAACUGCUUCGUUUCUGAGCUCAGCAUUACUCACAAAAAGGCACAAUCUGUAUUCCUAACUAUGCAGAGUCUCAUUCUCAAUUUUGAUGUUGCCAAUCUGGAUGUAUUAGGAUGGCUUCAGCAGAAUGUGAUAACAUGAAAAGCUGUAUAAGAACUAACAAAAAUUUGGGUCAGCUGGAGCUUUUCUGGCAGACUUGGGUCUGUCCAGCACCCAAACAGUGUGCUUGUGGGUUCUGAGACUUGGCUUGGAAGAGCAGUGUAUGCCUGUCCAAUAAAGGAUGCAUGCGUAUGUCUGGUGGUAUGGUUUUUGUUUUGUUUCUUUGUAAUUCUGCAGUUUGGCAAACAAGCUGUGUCACUUCUACGUCCACAGAAGCCUGUGUACUCAUGUCUUGUUUGGAAUAUUUUGCACUUAUGAUUUGGAGGAUUGGGUAUGGGAGAUGUCAGGUUAAUGAAGACCUGGAAGACUUCUGUGGUUCAUGGGAACAUCAUCGUCCAAAUAAGGAAGAAGAAGGAAGCCUGAAUCUUGCAAUGUAAAGGUGAUGGAGAGCCACCAAAGCAGAGCACUGUGAUGUCCCCAUCCAAACCCAUGGCCCAGCAGCCGCAGCAGCAGCCUCAGCAGCAGCAACAACAAACAACUUCGAAUAAACGCCCCAGUAACAGCGCUCCCCCACCAACCCAGCUAAAUAAGAUCAAGUACUCAGGGGGACCCCAGAUUGUGAAGAAAGAGCGUCGACACAGCUCUUCUCGCUUCAAUCUGAGCAAAAACAGGGAACUGCAAAAGCUUCCAGCCCUUAAAGAUGCUCCUCCACAUGAGCGAGAAGAGCUUUUCAUCCAGAAGCUGCGGCAAUGCUGUGUGCUUUUUGACUUCAUCUCUGACCCCCUCAGUGACCUAAAAUUCAAGGAGGUGAAGCGAGCAGGUCUCAAUGAAAUGGUAGAAUACAUCACGCACAACCGUGAUGUCGUCACUGAGGCCAUCUAUCCUGAAGCUGUUAUUAUGUUUUCAGUGAACCUCUUCCGGACACUUCCGCCGUCAUCCAAUCCCACAGGAGCGGAGUUUGACCCUGAGGAAGAUGAGCCUACAUUAGAGGCUGCCUGGCCACACCUACAGCUGGUGUACGAGUUCUUCCUCAGGUUCUUGGAGUCCCCUGAUUUUCAACCAAAUAUAGCGAAGAAAUACAUUGACCAGAAGUUUGUACUGUCUCUGCUGGAUCUCUUUGACAGUGAAGACCCCAGAGAACGUGACUUCCUAAAGACUAUUCUGCACAGGAUCUAUGGGAAGUUCCUGGGUCUGCGAGCGUAUGUGAGACGGCAGAUCAACAAUAUAUUUUACAGGUUCAUCUAUGAAACAGAGCAUCACAAUGGGAUUGCAGAACUGCUGGAGAUCCUAGGAAGCAUAAUCAAUGGGUUUGCUCUGCCUCUGAAGGAAGAGCACAAAAUGUUCCUCAUCAGGGUCUUGUUACCACUGCACAAAGUGAAAUCUCUCAGCGUCUACCACCCACAGUUGGCAUACUGUGUUGUACAGUUCUUGGAGAAAGACAGCAGCUUGACAGAGCCGGUGAUUGUGGGCUUGCUGAAGUUCUGGCCGAAAACACACAGUCCCAAGGAGGUGAUGUUUUUAAAUGAGCUGGAAGAGAUCCUGGAUGUGAUUGAGCCAUCUGAAUUUGUGAAAGUUAUGGAGCCCUUGUUCAGGCAGUUGGCCAAGUGCGUCUCCAGCCCACACUUCCAGGUGGCAGAGCGAGCGCUGUACUAUUGGAACAACGAAUAUAUCAUGAGCCUGAUCAGCGAUAACGCAGCCAAAAUUCUCCCGAUCAUGUUUCCAGCGCUCUACAAGAACUCCAAGAGUCACUGGAACAAGACGAUCCAUGGACUGAUCUACAAUGCACUAAAGCUGUUCAUGGAGAUGAACCAAAAGCUUUUUGAUGACUGCACACAGCAAUACAAGGCAGAGAAGCAGAAGGGGAGGUUCAGGAUGAAGGAACGAGAAGAAAUGUGGCAGAAAAUAGAAGAGCUGGCCCGGCUGAACCCUCAGUAUCCCAUGUAUUAUGCACCUCCAUCAUUGCCUCUGGUCUGCUGCAUGGAAACAGAGACCCCGACUGCAGAGGAUAUUCAGCUACUGAAGAAAACAGUGGAGACGGAGGCUGUGCAGAUGCUGAAAGACAUUAAGAAGGAGAAGGUUUUGCUGCGCCGGAAAUCUGAGCUUCCUCAGGACGUCUACACUAUAAAAGCCCUGGAAGCCCACAAGAGAGCAGAAGAGUUUCUCACCUCAAACCAGGAGGCUCUCUGACGGGCUCAGAAGCUGGCCCAAGAAGCUAUGUCCCAUCCCUUUCCCCCAGGGGUCACAGAAAUGCACUCGGUUCUCAUGUAUAAUAAGGAAUGAACAUGGUGAGCCGUGCCUGUCCUCCACUCCAUCCACAUCCCUGCAGGAUAGAUCUGUUUUUAUGUUGUACCUUUUAUCUCACCACUGCCAUCUCCUCCUGCUUCUCCUCCUCCCACACACGCAGUGUGUGUGUGUGAAGGGAACCUGUCUGCCCUGCCGGUCCAGGCAGGGGUUGCUUCAUUUCCAGUUGCUGCCUGGUUUUUGCUCUUCCUGGGAGCCUUGCAGGGCAGGCAGGCACUUCCUGUGGCUCUGCUAGAAGGAGGGCUGAAGGGAGCUGCUCCAGGCUCUCUGUAAGCAUAGAGAGAACCGAGCCCCUCCGCGGCUCACCUCUGUGGGGCGGCUGAGCCGGGCAGCGGUGCAGAGCAGUUGACCUCUCAGGCUUCAGGAUCAGCCUGAGCUGCCCAGUUCAACCCAGCCUGAGCCAGGUGUGUUGGCUGGAGACUGCCGCGCGUGGCUCAGCGUGCUGCAGCCAUCCCAGGUGCCCGCCUCCGUGUGCCUGCCCCAGUGCUGCUUGCGGUGACCAGAGGCUGAGCGCGUGGUGGGAGCGGCUGGCAGAGUUUGUGGGGGCUCUGCCAGCUCUCCACCCUGCCUCAGGGUGCAGCUCUGCAGUGGGAGGGCUCACGUAUAGCAGGAGAUGUUUGCUUCCGCCUUUCUUUUGCCUCAAGCCCCCUGUUCUGUUCCCCUGUUGGUGGAGUGGGGGUUCAGUGCUUCGCCACCCCCGGUAUAGCUGGGUGCAAGCACUGCAUCUUAUUGCUUCCCUCCUUUUAGAGCAUCCUUAGAAGCUCUCUUGUGGGAAAGUAAAUUCCUUCGGCUCUUUGUGUUGGUCCUUGCUAAGUCGUCUCCAUUCCAAUGUCUUGGGUAGUUGUGGGCCCAGAGUUAACUUCUGCUUUGUAGCAGGUGUCAGCCACUGACUUCUGCUUUCUUCCUCCUCCUCCUCCUGCUCAAUUAAAAUGCUCCUGCAGCUUUCCCCCUGUUGUUCCCAUCCUUAGCUCUGCAGUGGCUGGGGUUUCUAGGAAGCUUGUGCUGCUAAAGUCAUUUCUGCAAAUUAGUGGAAGCAAUGGAUACACGUUUACGGGGCCAGGCCAAGUUUGUGCGUGUUCAGUUGUCUCCUCUUUAUGACCAGUGGCGAGAUGCCACCAUCGAAUUGCUUCUGUAGGUGCUCUGAGCAGUUUGCCUCGCCUCUUCCUUCAGCACCUGCUGUGGCCCGAGGCCCUCGUUAGCUGUGUGGCGCAGCAGGGAAGUGCUGUGCUGUGCUCAUUUAGCAUUUAGAGCGCACUCGAUAGCCCAGGGGCUGGUGCAGCACUUGGCUGCUACUGUGAUCCAGCUCUCGGAGCUCUGUCUCCUACCUUGUUGUGGUGCAGAUUCAAUCCCAGGCCAGGGCGAUAAGUAAGGGAGCGGUCUUUGCUUCUUACUGCUGCGCUUGCUUGCUUGACACAUAAGCUUGAGUGGGAUGGCAGUAGUGCAGGGAGCUUACGGAGUCGGUGCCGGUCGGACACUGCUUUGCAGCAUCCAUAGGUCAUUGCAGAAGGUCCUGGUGUAUCUGCUUUGUCCCCACCAGCAGACCCCUUCCAGGUCGGAGCUGGUGUGCAGCGCAUCUCCUUUCCUCCCCCCCAAACCAAGCUGAUCCCUCCCUGUGUAUCCAGCGCCCCCUGCUCCCUUUAGGCAUGCCACCAUCUCUUGGGAGCAGCUGCCAAGCGUGAGUACGGGACGGAUCACCCACACCGCGCAGGACCCCGCCUCCCUUGGCUCCCUGCACCGGGCCGGUUCAUCAGGAGACUUACAAACACCUCAGGGAGGUUAUUGCUUAUUUAGAACAUGACUCUGAGCUCAUGGUCAGCUGCCAGUCGAUUACCUCACGUGAGCCUGGCACAGCACGUAGACACGCGCCGGAGGCGGGCAGGAGCAGCAGGCGGCGGGGCUGCAGCUGAGGGUUGCUACCUGCAGCUGGGCUGGGGAUGCUCCUUCCUCGUCCCGGGGCUGGAGCAGCACUGCUGGGAGCAGGCCGUGCGCAGGGCAGGGCGGUGAUGCGCGGUGCCUACGUGCUGUGCGGCUGCCACGUUCUCGUAGCUUUGUGUGUCGCGUUCCGGGUCAGGGACCUCACGCUCAGUACCUUACAUUGCCAUUAGUUUACUGCCUCCUCAUUCCAGUCCUGGACUUUGAAGAAGGGGACCACAGGAGGUGGGGGGAGCACAUCUGUGCUCUCUGCCGCCUGCAGGCCUGCAUCUGCCACACUACAGCUGCCCCUCACUCCACACCCGGUCGGUAGCGUUAAUGCUCAUCUCUGCCUUUGCCUUUCCCCACAUCAGCCAAACGGACAGAACUGGAGCUGCCUCUUCCACGUCACGUGGCCCCUCCUCGGAGGGAACGAGCAAAACUAACUACUGCGUUCACCCCCUGGACACAAGUAUUAAGCUGCUUACAGUUCAUAUGUACAUAUGGUGUACUUUAUUUUCAGUAGAGCAUUACAUAGUAUGAAAGUGUUGGAUUUUGUACAGAUGUCCCUGUAUGUACAGUACUAAAUAAAACCGAUCUCUUGGAAAGACA